UCUUAAAUACUUUUUUUUUUAGUUAAAAAAACACACAACUAAAAAAACAUUCACGAAUAACAUUUUAUUUUAUUUGGAUUAUAAAAAAAUAUAAACUAUUUUUAUUUAAUACAAAAUGAAGAAGUUUAUGAUUGUAUUUGUUGCACUUUUUGGAGCCGCUGUUGCCCAGGACUCAUUUAAAUGUCCCGAUGAUUUUGGUUUCUAUCCCCAUGACAUAUCCUGUGAUAAAUAUUGGAAAUGUGACAACAAUGUUGCUGAAUUGAAGACCUGCGGUAAUGGUUUGGCUUUCGAUUCCUCUGAUCCAAAAUACUUAACUGAAAACUGUGACUACUUGCACAAUGUUGAUUGUGGCGAGCGUACACAAUUGGAACCACCAAUUUCUACACCCCAUUGUUCCCGUUUAUAUGGUAUUUUCCCCGAUGAGAACAAAUGUGAUGUCUUCUGGAACUGUUGGAACGGUGAACCCUCUAGAUAUCAAUGCUCUCCCGGUUUAGCUUACGAUCGCGAUGCCCGUGUCUGUAUGUGGGCCGAUCAAGUUCCCGAAUGUAGAAACGAAGAAGUUGCCAAUGGUUUCGCUUGUCCCGCUGCCGGUGAAUUGGCCAAUGCUGGUUCUUUCUCCAGACAUGCCCAUCCCGAAGAUUGCCGUAAAUACUACAUUUGCUUGGAAGGUGUUGCCCGUGAAUAUGGUUGCCCCAUUGGUACUGUAUUCAAGAUUGGUGAUGGUGAUGGUACUGGUAACUGUGAAGAUCCCGAAGAUGUUCCCGGCUGUGAAGACUACUACGGCGAUUUGGAUUUGAAGAGCAUCCGUAAAAGUGAACUUUUAGCUGGUCUGAAUAGUGAAGGUCGCAACAAGAACAAAGCCAAAGCUGCCCCCUCCUCCUCAUAAACUCAUUCAUUAUAACUCUACCACUACAUAAACAAACAAAUACAAACCAAUACACCAACACAACAUACAAACAAACAAACAUCCACACAACACUCUCUCAAUUUACACGUACCACCAACCAACACACUCUCAAUACAAAUUUACAAAUUUACGUGUAUUUUAAAGUAACCAACAAGUUUUUUUAUACACUUUUAUACUAAAACAAGAACAAAAACAACAAAACAACUACAACAAAAAUACUAUCCUUAUAAAAUACUCCUGUAAAAAUAUUGAAAUUUUUCAAAAAAUUUUAAAAAAAAUUGUUUGUGUACGUUUUUCUGAAAGAAGAAAAAAUUAUUUUAUUUAAAAGAAAAAAAGAAAAAAAUUUAUAACUUUUGUUUUGUAUUUCUCUGUAUGAGCUUUAUUUGGUUUAAUUUAUAUAACUUUUUGUUUUGUUUUUAAUGUUUCAAAAUUCUAUAUUAUUUUGUUUGUUUGUUUUUGUUUGUCUUUAUUUAGAAAAAGAAAAAAGUUAAGCCAUCAGAGAAAAAACUAAAAAAAUAACUUAAUAUUUUUUUUUUUAUAAUCAAACAGCUGAGUGAACAAUUGAGUAAAUUUAUCAAAAUUUUUAUAUAAAAAUGUCGUAAAUACUUACUUUUAGACAUUUCUUUAAAUUUAAGUGAUUUUUGAUUUUAAGUUUAUAAUUUUAUUAAAAAAAAAAAAUAAAAAAUAA